AUGGAGGCUGCGGAGGGUCUGUUUCCCUCCCUUUCCGGGAACGAGGCCGAUGAACACAAAACCGUUCGUUUUCCCUUCCGCGUCAGUUGCUCGUUAUCUUUUACUUCGCACAAAAUUUCAGAUAUUCUCAACGGCUCUAUAAGCAGCCGUAUCGAUGGACCCGUCAGACUAGCGGCUCUGGUCGCCUUUGUGGCCUUGACUUUGACAUCGUUCUGGUCUGAAGACAGCCCCGAGCUCCCGCUUUCCCUGUUGCUGCUGCCGCUUUUUUCUUGUCUCGGACUCCGCUCGAAAGCUGUCGACGGUUUCGUCAUUUGCUACUUCGGCAUCGUCGCGUCCAGCCCGGGUGGAAACAACCCCCAGUGUUCCACCCUCCCAUCUCUGGGAGAACUGGCGGCCCUUAUAGGAGCGCUCUUACUGAUUAAUUCAUCACCGUGUUGCAUCAACAGCGCCAAGCGGGAUAGAACCGUUGCAGGUUUCCUGCUGCUCAGGCUGGCCGUUCGUCGUUUGAGUUCGUUCUUUUACGACCCUCUGCCGUCUCUGCUUUGGCUGCUUCCGAUUGUUUUGUGGCUGUCUGCGUCUUCGCUGUCCUGCGGAGAGCGGGCGGACGCGAGCCCCGCAGAGUCCGCAGAGGAACUGCCCUGUGACGGGGUUUGGAGCGCCUCCGCAGUUGGCCGCUACCUGCGGCUGGUGGCAGCUCUAACUGAAGGCUGCGUCACCAUCUGCAACAGCCGCCGCCGCAUUCUGUGGACUUGUGCGCCAGAGGCUGAGGAGCCGUGGGGGGCGCUGGGGGCGCUGCGCGCGGGCCCCCGCAGCAGCAGCAAGGAAGCUGAACAGCUCUUUUGCGAUGACUUCGUGCACCCCGACGACCGCCAGGCGUUGGUGCGGGCUUUCGAGUUGGCGGAGGAGAGGCGGAGAGAAGCGGCGAAGACGGGGCGGCGAGCUGCGGGCCGGUCCGCAGCAAGUCCGCAGCAAGCAGCCGCGGGGGAGGCGGAAAGCGGCGGCUCUUCCGAGCCCCAAGUGGUGCUGGUUCGCUCCAAUCCUUCCAAAGACAACAAGGGAGCUUCGAGGCUCUUCAGAGUCUCCGUCACGGACUGCGGCUCUCCCUAUCUGUUUGCCUGUUUGUGGAGCGACGCGACGCUGCUGCGGCACUGCGCAGCAGUGCAGGAGGCGCUGGUCUGCGGGCUGUCGGACUGCAUGUCCACAGUGGCUUGGGUGUUGGACCCAAUAGCUGCGCAGGAAGUGGCGGACCCUGCUGCAGCGGACGCAGCAGCUGCUGCUGCGGACGCAGCAGCAGCAGCGGCUGCUGCUGCUGCUGCAGCCGCGGCUGCAGCCGCGGCCGUUGCGGACGCGGGGGCAGCAGCAGCAGAGGCAGGUGAAAUGCUCCCCUCGGCUUCGGAACUCGAAAGAGGGGGGCCUUCGGACUCAGGCGUGGAACUCGAAACUGUUGGCUGCAGCUGCGGGGCCGGGGAAACAGAGCCGGGGGGCCUGCAGUUCAGUGGGACUCAGUUCGUGUACGGCGCAGCUUCGGAAAGUGAGAGGUGCACUUCUUCUCUUUUGAACCAGGGCCGGGAGCAGCAGUCGUACACGGAGUUGGCUGCGGUGUCGCCGCGACUGAUGUGUAGCUGCACGUCGCUGUGCCGCAGCAGCAGCAGCAGCAGCAGCAGCAACUGCAGCAGCUGCAGCGAGGGAAACGUGGAGCCCGACGGGCCUCCAAGCUUGGGCGGGAGUUCUUCCGCGCUGCGGGCGCCGGCUUCAGGUGUAUGUCCAGACGCAGUCACGGACAUGCGAAUGGCGGAUCCUUCUCUGUGCUCUUCACUUUUCGAAAAAGAAGUGCAUUCUGGCUCUCCAGAAAAGGCUGAGGGGUCCAUUCCGAGCCCUUUGUCGGGCCGCGGUGUGUGUCUGCACCGCUACAACAAACUCUUGACGGUGGCGGGGGGGGCCCCCCUGCUGGAAAUCGAAAAGGACGGGCCCCUGGCGUUCUUGCUGGAGCAGUCGAAGGCCAUUUUGCGCAGAGUCACGGGCCACCAAGUGAUUGGCCGCGAGCCCUUCUCCAUGUUGUUGGCUGCAGACAUCAGGCCGGCCCCCGCCAGCCCUGCAGCCAACUGGACAGACUUCUUCCUCGAGCCGGGGAAGACGCAGUUGCUGGAGUGUGUGCGGCGGCUGCGCACACAGGGGACUUCCUUUUCUCUCGAGUUGCCUUACGAGCGAUCGGACGCAGAGAUCAGGUACAAAGAGCGGGAACAAACGGACUUCUCUUUUUCGCGGCAUAGUCUUAGCCUGGGGUUCGCAUUUGUUUGUUUCUGCACUUCGCAGGUGGUUUCGCGUGGCCGGCUACUGCAGCUCUUGCGUCCCAGGGGUUAUGUGGGGCAUCAUGCAGGACACGACGGCCUGCACCAAGUUACAGUUACAGCAGUUCUGGAUAGUGAAUCGCCGGGCGACUUGCUGUUCGCGUUAAGGGACGACAGGAGAAAGCAAAGCAUUUUGGGUCUUCAAAAAAUAAUUCAUGCGAUGCACUUAACGCAGUCGUGA